AUGCCUGGCACCCCUCUUUUAGAUAUACCUUGGGAGGUCUUGAGGGCUAUCCUUUCAGAGUGCAUUUUAUCCUUGUACUAUGAUAGGCGUUAUGAUGGGCGUGUUGGCUACUUUCUUCAGGAGCCUAAUUAUGGAGGAAUGUUCAGGUUGAGGUUGGUUUGCAGAGCCUUUAAUCACGUCUUUCGUGAUGCCUUGAUUCAGACCCAGGUGCUCGAUCACUUGGCACCUCUACCCGAAAAUCCUCCCUACAAUAAAAUACAUCCUCUAGCGUACUGGCAAACGAGAACAGAUGAUGGCGCCCAAAAGCUUUGGCAUUCAUACAUUGCGCAAAUGGUGCAAAAAGGGGUCAACCCCAGUGUCACAUAUUUGCCAAACGCCCCAGAGAUCUCGUGGUGCGCCGAGAUCCGUGAAAUAUCACAGUUGAUAUGCGACAGAGUGCCGCACGCCAACUUAUCCAAUACCAUCGAAGCCCUCUGCUGGCUUGGUUUCGGGGGUGAGUUGGGUGGGUUAGGCCAUCUCUGGUAUAUCAACUCCCAGGUAGCGCAGCUGCCAGCGGAGGACCAAGGAGAGUUCAGGCGAAACAUCAAUCUCCUCAGCGCCGCAGCUUAUCUGAACCAUCUGCCUUUGGCUAGAGAGCUUUUAGCAGAACAUGCCGAUCCGACGCUUAACGACUUUCUUUUCCCUGCUCCAAUAGAAGCAGCUGCGCGAGGAGGAAAUAUCGAAAUGCUUCAGCUGUUCCAGGAAGUUUUAGCGGAACCAGAACCAGAACCAGAGCCAAAGCAAAAACAUCCAAUGGAAAUAACCGGCGGGUUUCCACAAUAUCUAGAUGAAUAUCUAGAUGAAGACGUUCCAGAACUUCCUUUGCACAGCACGAUGGGAAGAGUUCCUUGCACAGGAAAGGCUGAUCCUCGAGCAGUUGUUGGAGCGGCAGCAACGGGCAACUUACAGGUCCUUGAGGCGGCAUUGUACUCUCCAUUGCGUAGUGACAUCAACAACUCCGACUACUUUGGUCAACCGUAUGGAAGAGUCAAUCCAUACUCCCGUCCAGGCCGCGCCCUCAAAUCCAUAAUGGUACACUCAAAAACGUGGCAAGUAUACUCCAGGCUGGCAUCUUUCUUCCACGACUUUUACAUCUCCCAACCGGCAGAGGCUGCUUUCCAUCUACAGAUGUUCGCUGAAUUUGGCAACUACGAAUUAGUGAAGAACUUACUCGAAAGAGGCGUUGCUUGGCAGGGAAGCAACAGGAGAUACGCUCCUCCCAUGCAUGCAGCUGCGCGCCAUGGUCGAGGAGAUAUGGUAGAUCUACUAAUACAGCAUGGUGCUGAUGUCAAUCAACCAGGUCCUGCUGUAUUUAAGUCGCCUCUUUAUCAAGCAGUGAAGAGCCGAAGUGUCAAGAUUGUCCAGAAAUUUCUAGACAUGGGGGCCGUUUGUGAGUUCAAUACUUUGCAGCUAGCGCUCUUCCUUGGAGAUCCUGAGAUGGGUGAAUUGGUACUGGAACGUUUCCCUCUCAAGAACUUGCUUUACGAACACAUUUGGCAGCUUUUAGCUCGAUCUGAGGAAGGGAAUUGUACCUUCGUGGCCAAUUUACUAAGAGAGAAGAUCCCCGGCCUCAGGGACUUAGAUUCGCCCACCGCUUUGACAUCCGAAAAAUGGUCGGAUAUAGUUAAACGAGCCUCGAAAGGCGUGCCAAAAACUCGCAAAUGGUGGUUCUCUUAG